ACAGACCAACGGUUAUUGCACCAGUGUAGCGACGAAGAACAGGUUAUAUUAAAGAAGAAAAAGAAGACCACGGGGUCAUUUUAACCUUGUCGCGAAUGCUCGCGAAAGCGGCUCAGUUUUAUAUACGCACGUCACACAGUCUAGUAGAAAAUUUACAAUUUUGCAUUGGUUUCGUGAGAUUUUAUUUUUCGUUAAGAUUUAAGAUUUUAAUUAUAUCACUUGUUCAACAAGCAAAGUAUGUAUUGCGUUUUUUCUUUCUAUUUUUACCAUUUUACUCAAUGAUCUUUACAUAUCUCUAUCCUCAACGCCUUAAUUAUUCUACGUGUGUAAUUGAAACUAUAAAUAAUAGAUUAUAUCUUUAUAAUAUAGGUACUUUUAAUUAUGCAUGUUGAAUAUUGAAAACAAUAAAUGUUGAAUAAAUUAAGUUAUUAUCCAAGACCAUUACUCAUCUUGUAUCUUAUCAUUAUUACAUCAUUAUGAUAUAAUUUUAUUGUAUCAAUAUCCGUAUUACAAUAAAUAUUCUUAAUGAUGAUUAAUAAUGCUCAUUUUAAUAUUUUGCUUAUUUUUUAUUUCUGCAUGUGUUUACAUGCAUUAUCUCAUUAACCCUCCGUCUGUACACUUAUUUUCACUAAUAUGGUCUGUACACCAACCCCUUUUUGCCCUGUCCUCUUUUUUUUUUUUUAAUGUUAAAUACAUGAAAAAAUCUGAAAAAAUAUUCCUAAUUACUUUUCAGUAACUACAUUUUAAAUUUCAAUAGUUAUUUUGGUCAUUUAUUAAAAAGUUUUUUUUAUAAUAACAUUUUAAAUGUCUCGAGAUUCACAAAAAUUGGAAUUUUGUAAAAAAAUUUAUAACUUAAUAAUAAAUUAUUAUUAAGAAAAAAUAUUUUGAGGUUUUUUAGAUUAAGGUAUGACCUUUCAGAAAAAAUUUGUUUUAUAUGUGUUGAUUGCAAAAAGUAUAAUUAUUUGCAUGGCUGGAAAUGAGGUAUUUUUGGGGUAAUGAGAAUAUAAUAAAAUAACAAUUUUUUACACAAAUCUUUUUUUAUUAUAAAAAAUUAUAGUGCAUAUUAUAAAAAAAUUCAGAUAUAAUGGAAAAUAAUCAACAUUAAAGAAAUUAUAAUAUCGUAUAUCUGAGUCUGUCGCUCUCGAAAAAAAUAACGAAUCUGCUCUGAAGUCCUAAUGAAGCCAUUGUUAUUCGCCUUUAUAAACUUAAACAAGCAAAUUAUGCUUGUAACUCAAGUAAAAACACCAUAAAAAUAACAAAACAAUUAAGAAAAAUACAAAAAUCAAAUAUUUCUUACUGUCACGAAAUACAUACACAAUCUGUACACUGGGUCUUUUUGGGAACACUUGUAAACUUUACACGCUGCUGUGUCAACAACAAGCGCCAGGUCAAAGCGUCCUUCCGGAUGGGUGUAGAUAAACCAGUGGAAUGUUCUCCAACAGGAGAUGAGAUGUCUAAAAAAGCUCUUAAAAAGCAGCAGAAGGAGGUACAGAAAGCAUCAAAAAAGGCAGAAAGAAAAAUCCAAUCUCAUUCUCAACAAGAACCUACAAAUGAAACUGAGGAUGUGUCCAUGGGAAAGUACGGACAGAUGAAUAUGAUUCAGAGUAAUGAACAAUUUGAAGACCGAAAGUUUACGGAGAUCAAGCAUCUGAAUAGAAAUCUAGAGAAUCAAAUAGUUUGGUUGAGAGGUCGAUUACACACUAGUCGUGCAAAAGGCAAGCAAUGCUUUAUUGUAUUAAGACAACAAUCGUACACUGUACAAGGAUUAGCUGCUGUGACUGAAACAAUCAGCAAACAAAUGAUUAAAUUUAUAUCCAACAUCACAAAAGAGUCUAUAAUUGAUGUCAUGGCUGUAGUAAUGCCUGUGCCCUCGAAAAUCGAAUCAUGUUCUCAAAAAGACGUUGAACUUCAUUUGAAAGAAAUAUUUGUGGUAAGUGCUGCAAAGCCGCAACUUCCUUUGCAAAUAGAAGAUGCCGCAAGAUCUGUUGGCGAGAUGGACGAGACAGCACUGACAGUGCGUGUUAAUCAGGACACCAGAUUGGAUAAUAGAAUUUUGGAUCUACGUACUCCGGCUAAUCAAGCAAUUUUUAGGGUAGAAGCUGGUGUUUGUAAGCUUUUUAGAGACAUUCUGACAAAGAAGGGUUUUGUCGAAAUUCAUACUCCUAAAAUCAUUUCCGCAGCCAGUGAGGGUGGAGCAAAUGUCUUUACGGUAUCUUAUUUCAAAGGCAAUGCUUACCUAGCUCAGUCGCCACAAUUGUAUAAGCAGAUGGCAAUUGCCGCAGAUUUUGACAAAGUUUUUACUGUUGGAGCAGUCUUCAGAGCGGAAGAUUCCAAUACGCACAGACAUUUGACAGAAUUUGUAGGCCUUGACCUAGAGAUGGCCUUCAAGUACCACUAUCACGAAGUGAUAGACACCAUCGGACAGAUGUUCACCGAGCUGUUUAAAGGCUUACGCGACAUUUAUGCAGACGAUAUAGCAGCAGUUAGUCAACAAUACCCAGUAGAGCCUUUUAAAUUUCUCGAACCGGCCUUGAAAUUAGAGUAUCCACAGGCGAUUGAAUUAUUGGCAGAAGCGGGCGUGACUCUGGGGGAAGAGGAUGAUCUGUCUACGCCGGAUGAAAAACUUUUGGGAAAACUCGUUAAGAACAAAUAUGAUACAGAUUUUUACAUUUUGGACAAGUAUCCUCUUGCAGUAAGACCUUUCUACACCAUGCCGGAUCCAAAUAAUCCUAAAGUAUCUAAUUCGUACGACAUGUUUAUGCGAGGGGAGGAAAUCAUAUCAGGUGCUCAACGUAUUCAUGAUCCAGAUUUUCUCACCGAACGCGCCAAGCACCAUGGAAUUGAUAUAGAGAAAAUCAAGUCGUAUAUUGACUCCUUCAGAUAUGGUUGCCCGCCGCAUGCUGGUGGUGGUAUAGGCAUGGAGCGCGUAGUGAUGUUGUACCUCGGUUUAGAUAACAUUCGCAAAGUGUCCAUGUUUCCGCGUGACCCCAAACGACUUACUCCUUAAGAGAGACACGCUGCUUUUAAAUAUUACUGUAUAUUGAGGACUUGAAAUAAAAUCUUUCACUUUGAGUACAUUA